AUGUCGGGGGUGACCCGGAGUCUGCUGCAGCGCUGGGGCGCCAGUUUUAGGAGAGGCGCCGACUUCGACUCUUGGGGCCAGCUGGUGGAGGCGAUAGAAGAGUAUCAGAUAUUAGCAAGACACCUACAAAAAGAGGCCCAAGCUCAACACAAUAAUUCUGAAUUCACAGAAGAACGAAAGAAAACCAUAGGCAAAAUCGCAACAUGCUUGGAAUUACGAAGUGCAGCUUUACAGUCCACACAGUCCCAAGAAGAAUUUAAACUGGAGGAUCUGAAGAAGCUAGAGCCAAUCCUAAAGAAUAUUCUUACAUAUAAUAAAGAAUUCCCAUUUGAUGUUCAGCCUGUCCCCUUAAGAAGAAUUUUAGCACCUGGUGAAGAGGAGAAUUUGGAAUUUGAAGAAGAUGAAGAAGAGAGUGGUGCUGGAACGGGGUCUCCUGAUUCCUUUCCUGCUAGAGUUCCUGGUACUUCAUUACCAAGGUUGCCAUCAGAACCAGGAAUGACGUUACUCACUAUCAGAACUGAGAAAAUUGGCCUGAAAGAUGCUGGGCAAUGCAUUGAUCCGUAUAUCACUGUUAGUGUAAAAGAUCUGAAUGGCAUAGAUUUAACUCCUGUGCAAGAUACUCCUGUGGCUUCGAGAAAAGAAGAUACGUAUGUUCAUUUUAAUGUGGACAUUGAGCUCCAGAAGCAUGUUGAAAAAUUAACCAAAGGUGCAGCUAUUUUCUUUGAAUUCAAACACUACAAGCCUAAAAAAAGGUUUACCAGCACCAAGUGUUUUGCUUUCAUGGAGAUGAAUGAAAUUAAACCUGGGCCAAUUGUAAUAGAACUAUACAAGAAACCCACUGACUUUAAAAGAAAGAAAUUGCAAUUAUUGACCAAGAAACCACUUUAUCUUCAUCUGCAUCAAACUUUGCACAAGGAAUGAUCCUGACAUGAAUACCCUGGAACUUCUGUGAAUCUUACCACUCAGUAGAAACCAUCAUAGCUCUUUGUAGCAUGUUCACCCUUCAACAGGCAGGAAGCAAGCCGUACCCAGGCCAGCAGGCCAGGGUGAGUCCAUUACAAAGCUGUAGCACAGAAUUCAAAGUCCAGCACAUCACUGACAUAAAAGACUCCUUUGGAUACAGGCUUAUUGUAGAUCUUGAAACGUUUUCACUUUUCUAUUAAUUGUGCAAUUAAUAGCCUCU